CACAGGAAGAAAAUGCAAACUCCACACAGAAAGACCCCAGCCAGGGGAAAGCCCUGAACCUAGACUCAGUAAAGGUACUGCUGUUUUCUGCUAAAGCAUUUUACUUAAGUAAAUAUACUCAACUUUUAACUUCUGGUGUCUGUGUGAGUGCGUUCCUGUUAUUUUACAGCGGCAAGCUACGACUGGAAUGGCAGUCAGACAAGUGGGUGUGCCCAUGCAGGCAGUCAGGCCGUGUCCAAACCUGCUCACCUUGUCUGCUGCUGCAGCAAAACAGCAGUGCAUACCUGCAUUCAGGAUACUGAAACAUUCACCGCCCCUGCACUUCUUUGCAACCUCUCUCACACUUUUAACGGGCGUUUUCCUGUCCAGACUCAGAUUUGAUUGUUAAAAUGGCAGAUGAGAAGCUCAAGGUGUUUUAUGCCAGUGUGUGUGGGAACCUGGAGAUCAGGAAAAAACAGGACAGAAUCUUCUCUGUUCUGGACUCAAAGAAGAUCAAAUAUGAAAGAGUGGACAUCACGCAGUGUUCUGACGACAAGGACAAAAUGAGGAAGUUGGCUCAAAACCCGACGGCAUUAGCCCCUCAGAUAUGCAAGGGGGACACCUACCUUGGGGAUUUUGAUGCUUUUGAGAAUGCUGUCGAGAUGGAGGAUUUAGAGAGUUUUCUGAAACUCUAAGAGAAACGGAGACCAGCUACAGGACAACAUUGUUUCUCUCCUGUCCUUACUGCAGUAUCAACUUUCAAGCUAAAGCUACUCUGCACACCUUUAAGCUGGUUUAAAAUGGUCUUAACACAUGGAUGGCUUUAUUAGACCUACAAGACUUCAACAGACCAACGAGGACUUAAAGGCUGUUUCCACUGAAUAAUUCCGAUACAGCUCACAAUGUGAAAAUGAUGCAAAGAGCUGUUUACUAGUAAAGUUUCGCAAAGCAGGAGGGAAUUCUUUAAAAAAAGAAAAUACUUGCACAGAUCUGCAGAAACUCUAAAACUGACACAAACAAAAUUUUUCUUAUUGCUGCCUUAAGCAAAAAUGAAUAAAUGAUUCAAUAAAAGA